AUGACAGCAGACAAAGAAAAAGACAAAGACAAAGAGAAGGACAGGGAUAGAGACCGGGAUAAGGAGCGAGACAAGAGAGACAAGGUGAGGGAGAGCGAGAACUCGCGUCCUCGGCGGAGCUGUACGUUGGAAGGAGGAGCCAAGAACUAUGCGGAAAGUGACCACAGUGAAGACGAGGACAAUGACAACAACAGUGCCACCACAGAGGAGUCCACAAAGAAAAGCAAAAAGAAACCACCCAAGAAGAAGUCCCGAUACGAGAGAACAGAUAACGGUGAAAUAACGUCCUUCAUCACAGAGGAUGAUGUUGUGUACAGGCCUGGAGUAAUGCCUUUAGACCUUCUUUUUCAGAGUAAACGGGACCACCUCCUUAUGAAUGUCAAAUGGUACUAUCGCCAGUCUGAAGUCCCAGAUUCAGUCUAUCAGCAUUUGGUUCAGGACAGACACAAUGAGAAUGACUCUGGACGAGAGCUUGUUAUUACAGACCCGGUUAUCAAGAAUCGAGAGCUCUUCAUUUCAGAUUACGUUGACACCUACCACGCUGCUGCCCUCAGAGGGAAGUGUAACAUCUCCCAUUUCUCUGACAUAUUUGCUGCUAGAGAGUUUAAAGCCCGAGUGGAUUCAUUUUUCUACAUCCUGGGCUAUAAUCCAGAGACAAGGAGGCUAAACAGUACCCAAGGUGAAAUCAGAGUUGGACCCAGCCAUCAGGCUAAGCUUCCUGAUCUGCAGCCAUUUCCUUCCCCAGAUGGUGACACAGUGACACAGCAUGAAGAACUUGUGUGGAUGCCAGGAGUCAAUGACUGUGACUUACUCAUGUACCUUAGGGCAGCAAGGAGCAUGGCAGCUUUUGCAGGCAUGUGUGAUGGAGGAUCCACAGAAGAUGGUUGUGUUGCAGCCUCCCGUGAUGACACUACACUUAACGCACUCAACACACUACAUGAAAGUAACUAUGAUGCUGGAAAAGCCCUGCAGCGCUUGGUGAAGAAACCUGUGCCAAAACUGAUUGAGAAGUGUUGGACUGAAGAUGAAGUG